AUGCUGCCAACGCGGGCGCUGUUCGCGCGCUCGGUCUGGAAGGGCCCCAACAUCGUCCCUGCUUCUCCUUCAGUCCACAUGGUCCACCGCGAUAUGAAAAACACUGCGGCAAAACAAACAUCUGACCGGCGAAAAACACGCAGUCUUCCCAUCGUAUUCGCCAAGCCUGGCGAGCGCGCGCCGCCGCCGAUCAAGACGCAGGCGCGCUCCGCCGUCAUCCUGCCCAACUUCGUCGGGCUCAAGUUCGCGAUCCACAACGGCAAGACCUACACCAAUAUCCAGAUCACCGAGGACAUGGUCGGUUACAAGCUGGGCGAAUUUGCGGCGUGA